AUGUGGGACUGGCAAAAAUGGAGCCAAAAAUGUGCUUGGAGAGCAGCCAGAGUAGUGUUUGCAAGUUCAGUUCAGUCCGGUUUUUUGCCCCCAAAACGCGCAACCGUGGACCGCAACCGGUCUAGGACCGACCCAGAUAUUGAGGGAACCGAACCGAACCACCUAGGACCGGUCUUUUUCGGUCUAUGGAGCCAGUUCAGACCGAUCCAGACCGGUUUUUUUGUGUAUAAUUUAUUAUACCAAUAUAAACCAUUUGUAUCUCGACUAUUAUUACUCUAA